CAAGCACAUGUAGCCCAUGGAUGUAUGUAGCCGCUUUAGCUGCAUGCACGUAGUAAGAGUAAAUCAGCUCAUAGACGAUAUUGAAGUCGUAGCGCUGAAAAUUAUUUCAGGUGUAGUCCCAUGCGUGUAGUACACCAACAAUGUCUUCCGUUCAGCAUUUAAAACAGUUCGUCAACGAGCGACUAACUGCUGCUGCUGAAGAAAUAUUCGGAGUUUUUGAAAAAACUAUCGUUGAGUACGAGGAAGAGAUCGGUCGUCAGCGCAGACUGUUGGAUAUCGUUUGUAAACCUGAAAUAACAUUACUCAGGAUAGAGCUCCCACAGCCACGUGUCUGUAAGGAGGAGGAGGUUCUCGCUGACCAGCAGCAGCUCUGUAUUCAGGAGAGGAACUCCAGUCUGGACCAAGAGGAGCCAGAGCCUCCACAGAUUAAAGAGGAACAGGAGGAACUCUGCGUCAGUCAGGAGGGAGAGCAGCUUGUACUGAAGCAGGAGACCGAUGCCUUUACGUUGACUCCUACUUAUAAGAAAAGUGACCACAGUGAAGGUCAGACUCUGAACUUCAGUAUGGACAAGACUCAGAUUGCAGUGGAGGAAAAUCCUCUAAACUACAUUUGGGUUAAAAGCUCUGUGGUAUCAGAAGCAAACAGUGACCACCAGCUCCUCUCUCACAACUCUCAUGAAGCUGAGAGCCAAGAUCAGAAAGGAGGAGAAGACUCAGGAUCAACUAGAAAUGCAGAGCCAGAACCAAACAAGAGACAUCACAGAAGCAUAGAGCUCCCACAGCCACGUGUCUGUAAGGAGGAGGAGGUUCUCGCUGACCAGCAGCAGCUCUGUAUUCAGGAGAGGAACUCCAGUCUGGACCAAGAGGAGCCAGAGCCUCCACAGAUUAAAGAGGAACAGGAGGAACUCUGCGUCAGUCAGGAGGGAGAGCAGCUUCUACUGAAGCAGGAGACCGAUGCCUUUAUGUUGACUCCUACUUAUGAGGAAAGCGACCACAGUGAAGGUCAGACUCUGAACUUCAGUAUGGACGAGACUCAGAUUGCAGUGGAGGAAAAUCCAAACAAGAGACAUCACAGAAGCAUAGGUCACAGUAACAAUGUGAACAACCCUAACUUCUCAGAGAUUCACCGUGAUGCUCACGCAACUCUGUGGUAUCAGAAGCAAACAGUGACCACCAGCUCCUCUCUCACAACUCUCAUGAAGCUGAGAGCCAAGAUCAGAAAGGAGGAGAAGACUCAGGAUCAACUAGAAAUGCAGAGCCAGAACCAAACAAGAGACAUCACAGAAGCAUAG